GGCGCCACUGGCGACAGUGUUGUAAACGCACCGAAGACGGAGCUUCUCCAAACGUGUAGAACUAAAAACAAUAAAAAUACAUUUUCUAAACGCCGCCAAUGGCCGACUUUCGCCGCCGAAACCGAAAUAAAAAGCGGGAUGACCAAUCCUCUGCCGUUCUGACGCCCGUCAUUAUAGCCCGACGCGAGGAUCCUAGGAUUGUGCAGCCAAAGAUUCUCCUAAACAAGGAUCGGGACAGGGACAAGGAACGCGAGCGCGACCGGACUACGGGACGGGACAGGACUAGGGAGAAGGAUAGGGAGACGGAGCCGAGCCCCAACAGCACUCAGAGAACGCCCUCGACCAUUAAAACCCUCUACAUCAAUCGCACGAGCGAUGCCGUGCAGGCAGAUAAAUGUUACCUGGCCUUGAAUGGCCCAGCAGCUGGCGGAUCCCCUGUCAAGGGUAGCCAUCUAGCGUCAGUCCCGUCGCCCACAUCCGUUUGCUCAGCUCUCGUCAGCGCUGCACCAAAUGGCCGUGAUAAGAACAACUGCAGCCCGGCUAGUGGAGCUGGUACGGCCGCGGCCGGGACAGCAGCCGCUCUUCAGGAUCCGCCACGCAUGAACCGUGCCACACCUCUCCUCCUAGCAAAUGGCAUUUUCAACGUCAAUGCCCGCCGGCUGUUUCACAAAACCAACACGGAUUUCACCGUCAUCGGUGUGUUGGGCGCCCAGUGUUCGGGCAAGAGCACUCUGCUUAAUCUGUUGUCCGCCGAGCGAUCGCUGGACUACGACUACUACCAACACCUGCUCUCCCCGGAGGCAGAUGGCUGCAUCUUUGCCACGCGACACAAGGUCAAGCCAAAGGAAGCCCAAAAGAGUGUCUUGCGUCCGCGCACGGAAUCAUUGCAGUUCUUUAUCACAAGGGAACGCCACAUAUUGCUGGACACGCCCCCGCUUCUGACGGUAGCCAACGAGCCGGACUAUCUGGAUCUGCAUUCCGUGGCCGAAGUGGCGCAGCUCUUGAGUGUGUGCCACAUCCUCAUCUUGGCCAUUGAUGGCUUGGCCGUUGAGCAGUUGCGCCUUAUAAACGCUGCGCUAAGAUUGCGACCGAGAUUUCCCUGUAAAGGGUACGUGCAGGAUCACCUGCCGCAAGUGCUGUUCGUGCGCACCCGUGCCCAGCGCCAGGACUUCGAGCCGCAACAGCGAGAACGACUGGACAAGAAACUGGCUCAUCUAUAUGGAGUUACUGGACUGCCCAUUUACCGCGGUCGCGGUGAGGCCCGCGCCGUGAACACCUUCCUGCUCCCGGAGGUGAGCGCUAACGGAGCUACCGCUUACCAUGCUCCCUUCGGUGAGCUGGUGCGUCAGUUUCGGGAGCGAGUUCUUGGAUCCACACGAGUCUCCAUGUGCCACACCAGCACGGAGCUCAGCGAAGCCAUCUGGUUCGAAAUCCUGGCAGAGGGUACUCGCAAAUCAGCGCCGAAUUUUGAAAAGAUCUACGCGGACCUCAAGCUGCGUCACCUGGACAUGCGCCAGUGGCGCCCGGAUAACUGGCGCGCCACAGAGAGCUGAUCUGGGGACUGGAGUUAAACUAGUGGAACACUGCAUAGUACGUGUGAUGGGGUGGGGUUUCUAUUUUAUAAAAGGCAAGUUUCCUGUGCAAAAUUCGAUCUAAAAUAGGUGAUGUUCAAUGUUCAAAUGCAAACAGUACGUGUUGAACAAAUAAAAAGUAUUUAUUUAA